GCUCAUCCCAUUGUCGAGGAGCCGACCACCCUGCAGCCCGAACCGCUAUCGUCUGACCCCUCGGGCGUUUGCAUGGCCAUCCGACCAUGCUCGAAUUUGACGUCCGCCCCCUUCGCAAUUCACCGUCUCCUACGUCCGCCCUCCGAUUACCCGCUACGUCUAAGACAUGAGCUUCGCUACACACGCGUAGCAAGGCCCCUACCACGACAGUCGUUUGUUCCGCCACGCCAAGCGCUCGCCCCUGGGUGUGUCCUGCUUAUCUCGGAGCCCGGGGGUGCUCGCUCCCGCCAACGCAGGCCUCUUCCAUAGCGCCACGACGUUCUUCUGCGCAUGAUGGAAUACUGAAUCCUAUCAUAUCGGUGCACGCUUCACCGGCUUCUGAGCUAUGGAGAGCGCAUAUAAUGAAUGUCCGCGCCAGGCCCUUUCAUCGUCUCUUCGCUACAGCCCAAGCCAUGCUGAUCCAGUGGCCCGUGGUCUUCUCCUUUUUGCAGCAGCACGCUCUGCUCCUCAACAGCCGACAGGGCUCCUUCAGCGUCGGGACAACCCCGGUCCCCGAGCCGGGCCCCAACGAGGUCCUCAUCCGCGUCGAGGCUGCAGCGCUCAACCCCGUGGACUGGAAGAUACAGGCGUACGGCGUCGUCGUGGAGACGUACCCUGCGGUGCUGGGCAGCGAUAUCGCCGGUGUGGUCGAGCAGGUCGGUCUCAACGUCACCUCUUUCGAGCCUGGCGACAGAGUGAUCACCCAGGGCGUGAUUGGUAUGAAUGAUCGUUCGGGAUUUCAGCAGUAUACGCUUGGGUAUGAAGAGCUCACCGCGCAGAUACCGGGUUGGAUGGCAUUCGAAGAAGCUGCUACGAUCCCUCUUGGCCUGGCUACGGCUUCAUUGGGCAUGUACAACGUACAUAGCACUGACACGAGCGCCGGCCUACUCCCUCCCUGGGAACCUAACGGGCGAGAUCGAUACACGGGCAAGCCUUUCGUCGUCUUGGGCGGGUCCAGCUCAGUUGGACACUACGUCAUACAACUAGCCAAGCUCUCUGGGUUCUCUCCCAUCAUCACCACCGCGUCUCUAUACAACGCACCGUCCCUGCUAGCGCUCGGUGCCACCCAUGUGUUCGACCGUCACCUCUCGCCGUCAGCGUUACGCUCAACGAUCGCCGAUAUAACGAAUGGACCUAUCGGGACGAUCUAUGACGCCGUGUCAAUUUAUGAGACACAGAACCUCGCAUACGACCUCCUCGCGCCCGGCGGGUGCCUCGUCUUGGUGCUGAAAGACAACGUCGAGAAGGACAAGAAGAGCGCGGACAGGCGCGUUGUGAACGUCGACGCGAGUAUCAGCUACGCACAUAACCGGGAGACGGGCGUCAGUCUGUACGCGGCACUCAGCACCUUGCUGGCGAACGAGGAGAUCCAGCCGCAUCACGUCGAGGUGCUGCCGGAUGGCUUGCGAGGGAUACCAGAGGGCUUGAAGAGAUUGCAGGCCGGAGUGAGCAACGUGAAACUCGUCGCCCAGCCACAACUGGAAGGGCGCUGGAAGUGAGCGCGUCCGCCGGCGAGCCUGCGUCACAUUUUAUCGCAGUGUGAGCCGCCCCAGCCAGUAGCACCUUCUAGUCCCGCGCGACCCGACUGUAACACGUAGUCGUGCUCGAGUUACUGUAUCUCAGUCUGUACAGAAAACCCGUUGUCGGUGGG